AGUCUGUGUAUAUAAACAAUAGAGCCUUUAUCUCCCUUUCUUCCCCUCUCCACUCCCCAAAUCCCUCUCAAUAAAACUCCUUUUUCGGGCGUAAAUGGAGGGUCCUCAAAACCCUAACCCUAAUUUAAUGGAUCAGAACUUCGAUCCGUUGAUGGAUAAUUUCGAUUUUUCUUACUUGAUGUUCGAUGACUGCGGAUUGAUGGACGAGAAGAGUUCGUCUCCGACAAGUAUGGUGUCGUCGGAGACAUUUGCCGGCGAGACCGGCGGAUCCGGCGGCGCAACAUCGAGUAAAAAGAAAGCCACGAAGUGUAAAGAAGGUGAGACGACGAGUAAAAAGGAGGCGGUCCAUAGAGUUGCAUUCAGGACGAGAUCCAAGAUUGAUGUGAUGGACGAUGGAUACAAAUGGAGGAAAUACGGCAAGAAAUCGGUCAAAAACAACUCUAACAAGAGGAAUUACUACAAGUGUUCGAGUGGAGGUUGUCCGGUGAAGAAGAGGAUAGAAAGGGACAACGAAGACUCGGAUGUUGUAAUAACCACAUAUGAAGGAGUGCACAAUCACGAGAGCACUUGCAAUGUCUAUUUCACCGAUAUCAACGAUGACUGGACCCAAAGGGCUGCUUCCAUUUCAUGGAACUCACCUCCUUAAAAAUAAAAUAAAAUAAAAACACCAUUAACAAUGUACGGCUGCUUUUUGUAUAAUAUUUUUAUUCCGAAACAAAAAAAAAAACUCUCAAUGAUAGUUGCCCAUAUCGAAUGUUUUGGUCAUCGGCAUUUUUAAAUGUUCAUAAUUAACUUAUUUAUUGUCUA